CUGCUGCUCGACGCGGGCGCGCGGGUCGACGAUCGAAGCCGGACUGGCCGGACCGCGCUCCACGUCGCAGCCGCGAACAAUCUCGUCAAGAGGUGCAAGCUUCUGCUGAGUCGCGGCGCGUCGCUCGACACGCGCGAUGACGAUGGCCGGACCGCGCUCCACCACGCAGCCACGAACAAUCACCCCAAGAUGUGCAAGCUUCUGCUGAGUCGCGGCGCGUCGCUCGACGUGCGCAACAUCAACGGCGAAGACCCCGAGGCCCGCGCGCGAGUCCGCAACCACACGACCCUGGCCAACUUCCUC